AUGGCUUCCAACUUUGCUUCUAACUUUGAUACCCUCCAGUUGCACGCCGGCCAGGAGGUGGACCCUGCCACCAACGCUCUUGCUGUGCCCAUCUACGCCAACAGUUCGUUCGCCUUCAAUGACUCGGCUCACGGUGCUGAUCUCUUCGGCCUGCGCAAGUUCGGCAACAUUUACUCGCGUCUUAUGAACCCCACCAACGAUGUCUUUGAGAAGCGUAUCGCUGCUCUCGAGGGAGGCGCUGCUGCUCUUGCCACCUCGUCCGGUCAGGCUGCUCAAGGUAUGGUUGUCAUGGGACUCUGCGGUUCCGGCGACAACAUUGUUUCCUCGUCUUACCUGUACGGUGGUACAUACAACGCUUGGGCCAACCUUUUCCCGCGUCUCGGCAUUACGACAAAGUUUGUCAAGUCCGAAUCACCGGAAGCCUACGCUGCCGCCAUCGACGCCAAGACCAAGGCGAUCUACAUUGAGUCGAUCGCCAACCCCAAGUACAUUGUGCACGACAUUGCUGCGCUUGCCAAGGUAGCGCACGACCACGGUAUUCCUCUGAUCGUAGACAACACGUUCGGUGCUGGUGGAUACCUCGUCCGACCGAUCGAGCACGGUGCGGAUGUGGUUGUGCACUCAGCAACCAAGUGGAUCGGUGGUCACGGUACCACCAUCGGUGGUGUUAUCAUCGACAGCGGAAAGUUUGACUGGAGCAAGAGUGGCAAGUUUCCGCAGUUCACCGAGCCUUCGGCGGGCUACCACGGACUCAAGUUCUGGGACACGUUCGGGCCUAUCACUUUCGCUAUUUACCUGCGUGUUGUCAUCCUUCGUGACCUGGGUCCGUGCCAGAACCCGUUCGGUUCGUUCUUGCUGCUCCAAGGUCUCGAGACGCUCUCGCUGCGUGUUGGCCGUAUUGUCGAGAACGCGCUUGCGCUGGCUCAGUGGCUCGAGGCUCACCCUCAGGUCUCGUGGGUCUCGUACCCUGGUCUCAAGAGCCACCCUUCGCACGAGAUUGCCAAAAAGUACCUGCAGCGCGGUUUCGGUGGUGUGCUCUCGUUUGGCAUCAAGGGCGACGCUGCCACCGGUUCGGCUUUUGUCGACAGCUUGAAGCUCGCCACCAACUUGGCCAACGUGGGUGAUGCCAAGACUCUCAUCAUCCACCCGGCCAGCACUACGCACCAGCAGCUUUCGGACGAGGACCAGUUGAGCUCGGGUGUCACCAAGGACCUGAUCCGUGUCAGCGUCGGUUACGAGUGGAUCGAGGAUAUCAAGGCCGACUUUGCGCAGGCUUUCGAAAAGACCUCGGGUGUCAAGGGUAACGUUGCAUCGGGACAGACUGGCCCCGCUCCCGGUCUCUCUGGAUCGGUGUAA